GAUCGCAAACAUGAGGCAAUUCGUGGUUCUACUGGCACUGGCUCUGGCCAGUGUGGCUUCUGGCAACCUGAUUGGCAAACCGGGAUUCCCCGAAGGACGCAUCAUCAAUGGCUACGAGGCCCAGCCGGGUGAGGCGCCGUACAUCGUGUCCCUGGAGACCUCGUCGCACUUCUGCGCAGGAAGCCUGAUACGCAGCGAUAUCAUUUUGACUGCCGCCCAUUGUCUGACUUAUAAGGAGGCCACAGCCGUCGUCGGACUCUUUAGCCGCUCCAGCAAGGAGAACACCCAGAGUAGGGUGUACAAACAGUCACAGACCAUUGUUCACGAGAAGUACGGAGGCGGCGUCGGUCCCUACGACAUCGGUCUGAUCAAGCUGGACAAGCCUUUCGAUCUCAAUGUGGUGGCCCGUGACGGCAGCAACCCAGUGGGUGUGAUUAGCCUUCCUUCCUUGAACUACAACGCCGCUGGUCCCGGCACUCUCUACGGCUGGGGACGGGACAACUCUGGAUAUUUGCCCAACACUCUAAAUAAGCUGGAUCUGAACAUCAUUGAAUAUGAUCAAUGCAAGGCAGAGUUGCCUGCCAGUGCACCUGUGGCCGAAUCGAAUGUGUGCUCCUUCACAGCCAAAACAGCCGACGGAGCCUGCAAUGGAGACAGUGGCGGUCCCCUGGUAAGAAAUGAUGGCAGGGGGGUUGAGCAAGUAGGCAUCGUCUCCUGGGGUUACACUCCCUGUGCCACCACCCAGUAUCCAUCUGUGUACACCAGGAUUUCAUCUUACUUGGAGUGGAUCGAGGAGAACACGAAGUAAUGAGCCAUAUUCCAAAUUUCUAUAUACUCACUAAAUAAACGAACAUUCUGUACUCAAAA